AUGCAGUCGCGCCCUGCCAGUAAAGUGAAGGUCCAGCCUGCACUGAAGAUCAUUGUCAUCGACGAGGACGACGACUCGCAAGAGGUGAUCGUCAUCUCAGAUAGCAAUGAUGACCUCGAGCAGGCGUCAGUGACCAAGUCGGCAAAGGCUAGGGGUAAGCAGCGGGAAGUCAUGAAGGUCAAGAUGGAGGUUGAGGACGUCGACAUGGGGGACGCUGGACAGCUCCUCCAGCCAACGGUCAACAACAGGUCCUGA